CCGAACUUGAAAGCGACUUUCAGACUGAAGUCGAGCCGGACUGUUGGUGCUUUCCCGCUGCGACUUGCAUUCUUUUCAUUAAUUAAAAAUAAUAUCCUAAUAAAGAUCAGUUCGAUGGUCAUAGAUUCAUAAAUGGUGGCGAACUCUGGAGUAUUUCUCUCUUAGGGAAAGUAGCAGGAGGCUUUGCAGUGAUGGAGUGGCAGAUAUUCAGAAGUCAUCGAAAAGGCGGCUCCGGUGUUACAUUCCCCACAUUGUGUGUGAUCAGUGUUUUUCUAGCAGGGAUGCAAGAAAUUGCAGCAUUCCCCACCUGGAGGAUUGAGGAAGAAGCUCAUCCCUCGGGGGUCUUGAUGAUUGGCAUUCGUAAAAAUGCCCGUUCUCAAGUCCUCCACCUCUCCAGGAACAAGCGCUACACCCUCACGCCAGAGAAACUCAAGUGGGACAAAUUCAAGCUCACGUACAAGUUGCUGUCGUUCCCCAAGAACCUGAUGAACGAGAGUGACACGAGGAAGGGCUUCGCCAAGGCCUUCCGCAUGUGGAGUGACGUCUCCCCCUUCCGGUUCCGGGAAGUUCGGCCUCACGAGGAGCCCGACAUCAAGAUAGGUUUUUACCCGAUCAACCACACGGACUGCAUGCAGUCCUACCUGCACCACUGCUUCGAUGGCAUCACCGGUGAGCUGGCCCAUGCAUUCUUUCCCCAAAAUGGAGAAAUCCACUUCGAUGACGACGAGUACUGGAUUCUGGGAAACAUGCGAUUCAGCUGGACGAAAGGGGUGUGGCUGACGGAUGUGGUGCACGUGGCAGUUCACGAGAUAGGCCACGCCCUCGGCCUUAUGCACUCCCUGCACCCGAAGGCCAUCAUGCACCUCAACGCCACGCUGACGGGACGCAAGCACAUCACGCAGGAUGACGUGUGGGGCAUAUUCCGGCUCUAUGGAUGUUUGGAUAGGCUGUUCAUCUGCUCUGCCUGGGCGCGUAAGGGCUAUUGCGACAGCAAGCGAAAGCUCAUGCAAAAACACUGUCCAUCCAGCUGCGAUUUCUGUUAUGACUUCCCCUUCCCCACCGUCGCCCCGACCCCCAUCCCCCCCAGGACCAAACACAAGCUUGUGGCCGAGGGCAAGAAGCUGACCUUCCGCUGCGGAAAGAAGGUCGCGGAGAAGAAUGGAAUAGUGUACUGGUAUAAGGACGGAGAGCUCCUGGAGUACUCCCACCCCGGGUACAUCUCCCUCACGGACGACCACCUCAGCAUCGUGGCCAACGCCAUCAACGAGGGCACGUACACCUGCAUCGUUAGGAAACGGCACAAGGUGCUCACCAACUACUCCUGGCGGGUGCGCGUGCGCUUCUGACGGCGCUGCCACGGCAACGGACAAAGCACAGACAGACCCCUACCACUCACCUCCACUAUAAUCAAGCCAAAACCUCACCAAGCUGGGCACAUAUUUCAGAAACGAUAAAUGAAAACUUAUGUUUUAUUCAGGUUUUUUUUUUCUUCAGUUUUGUAAAUGGCAAUUUUCUUUCAAAUUUUUUUUUGUAAGUGCCGAUUAAAACAAUUUUAUUGUCA